AUGUGUCAUCACCCAUCUCUCUUCAGUCGGGAAAGCAAGCCAGCAUACGCAGAUCGUACUAAGAGACGAACUUCUAGAUUGGGAGGCAAAGGGCGCGCAAAAGGUAAGUCAAAGCUGAUACUGGAGUACUGCACUGGUAGAAAGCGCAAGCUGAAGUUAAGAGAAUGCAAGAAGCAUAACCCCCCACAAGCUGUAUCAGCAUCGUGCUGCGUUAUCCGGCGAUCAUUCGCAGAGAGUGAGAUUGCUAAGCAGGGCAUCUAUGGUAUAAAGGUUAGGGGGGCUGUAAAUUCCCAGCAAACCAAAAAACAUUUUUUAAAAUGUUUAAGAAAAAUAGAAACCGCGGCCAUCAACGUUGAAAAGAAAUAA